CCCAGUAAGGUGAAGAACAUCAUAGUGGACAUGUCAGUGGUUCAGCAAGAUCUCGAUCCAGACAGCGCUGAAGGUGUGGAAGUCAGUAUAGAUACUGAAGAAGAGCUUAUGAAAGAAUGUGAAGAAAUGUGGGACGACAUGGAGCAGUGUCAGAAUAAAUUAUUGCUUUUUGGAACUGAGACACUCAAUAAUUCAAAUGCUCAGCUCUCUUUACUAACUAUGCAAGUGAAAUGUUUGACUGCUGAACUUGGUCAAUGGCACAAAAAAUCUGUUGAAAUAACACCUCUGACAGAGGAUGUUCUGGUAAAAUUAGGAAAAGAAGAGUUCCAAAAAUUGAGGCAAGAUCUUGAAAUGGUACUAACUACUCUUCAGUCAAAGAAUGAAAAGCUAAAGGAAGACUUGGAAAGGGAGCAAAUGUGCUUGAAUGAACAGGAACAAAUAAUGGAAUCUCUUAAUUUAUUACAUGGUGAAUUGAAAACUCAGGUUGGGACAUGUUCUGAAUCAAGAAUCCUUAGUGAGCUGCAAACUAAAAUAAUUAGCAUUAAGAAAUUCAAGGAGAAAAUCUUGAUCACCUUGGGCGAGUUUCUAAAAGACCAUUUUCCUCUGCCACAUGGAAAUAUUAAAAAGAAACAGAAAAACAUUCAAGAAUCAACAGCACAGGUGAUAACACUGAAUUAAAUAUUAGAUCUCAUAAAUAGAAUGUUUGAUGUGCCACAUGAUCCAUAUGUCAAAAUUAAUGAUUGCUUUUGGCCACCAUACAUUGAGCUGAUUCUACGUAAUGGAAUUGCCUUGAAACAUCCAGAAGAUCCAACCCAAAUAAGAUUAGAAGCCUUCCAUCAGUAA